GUAGCUAGCCAAACAUGUCUAGUUCGUAUUUGGCAAUUUUCAUUUUAUUGACGCUUACGACUUGCGAUCUGGUUUCUUCGUCUAAAGAGUCCACCGAAACACCCUCAGAGUCUUUGGAAGCUGGAACCCCAGAUGGCGAUGCCGAGCUAGGAACAGAAUCACCUAACAGCACGAAUAAGGAUCAGGAAGUUAUAGGCUUUGAAUCAAGUAGCAAUACAAAAAGGCAGGAGAAAUGGCCAAAAGGGCGAGGUCGACAAAAGAGAUUCAUACGGAAUCCCAACUAUGUGAAAGCCAACAAAUUCUUUGAUAAGGUCUUUAGAAAUGAAUUCGUAAGGAAACGGUUUAAGGAUCUUCCACCGCCUCAUCCGGGAUUUGGGGAGGAAACAACCGAGGAAACAACCGAGGAAACAACCGUCAGCCUGAACAUAUAACCAGUAGAAUCUGUGAAAUUUUCCUAUUGGCACUUUUUAUUAUGCCCCAUAUAAGGGAGACCGUAAUGACUGUGAAAUUGCCAAUGUAAACAACUUCAGCUCAACGGAUUCCCAAUCCAAAUAAACACAAAGCACAAUAAAUUGAAUUAGCAGCAAA